AUGACUCUUAUCUUUACGCUGUGGCUGCUACUGGGCUUAGGCCGUGCUUUCUGUCAAUUAAGCUCACACGGACCUACUACCUUCAAUGUGCCCAUCAGUCGUACUGAGAGUGGCUAUCGAACGGUCACCCUUUCGUUGGGUACACCUCCCCAAGAAUUCAAUCUCUGGCUUGACACAGGCUCGGAUCCUACAUGUGUCCUGAGCCAGUCGUGCAUAGAACCGUGCUCGAUUUCAGAUGCUAAACGUACGGCUUAUAUUCCAUCUGAGUCCUCGACCAAUAAUGCCACGGGAGAGACGCUCCACGUUGACUACCUCGGGGGUGCCGUCGCUGGGUGUGUUUCUCUUUGGAUGAUCAGCACUAGCGUCCACACGAGCCCUCCUUUCGGCUAUUCCAAUCGGGCAUGGCUUGAUGCGGACGGGAUGCUUGGCUUGGCUUUCCCUCGUGUAGAAGAGCCCGUCCACGCUUCCUUCCUUGAGAGCCUCUUCCACCCCGAAAUCCUCGAAGCGCACGAAUUCGCCAUUUAUACAGGACAAUACCUGUCUCCAAACAACGGUGUCGUCCGAUUUGGCGGCCACAACACGGAGUACAACAGCACGGACGUUACCUAUUUCAACAUCCAGCGAUACAUAGACGAUAAUAAUGCAAUCAUCUAUUGGACGACCUAUAUCAACCGUGUUGACUUCAAUUUGAAUGUGGACGGGGCCACGCACAGUAACACCGUAUUCGUGGAGAACUUUGCGGUUUGGGAUACUGGCUCAUCACAUAUAACGGUGCCAGAGACUUACAUUUACACCUUCAUCCAGGAGGGCGGUCGUCCAUUAUGCGAAGAUGUUCGCAAACUGGACUUCAAAAUGACUAUCAUCCUCCCGGAGGGCACGAUUACCGUCCGCCCUGCAGACCUGAUUGUACCUGGGUUUACGGAGGAGCAGUAUUGCUGGCCUUUGUUCGAGCCGUCUUCUAGCGGUAGGUGGAUCAUCGGUAUGGACCUUAUUCGCAAUUUUUACACGGUAUGGGAUCUGGGUGGCUGGGAUAUACGGUCAGACGAGCUGCAACCGCGGCUAGGAAAUGCCAAUAUACACUAGUCGGGUGGUUCGCACUGAUUCCUCAUAGUGAUGACGAUGAUUAUUGCUUUCUUUCCGUCGUUUCGUCUGCAAUGCGUGUAUGCUUGCAGAUUCUAGUAGAAGAUGAUCGGUCUGCUUUCUGCUCCCCUAUUCGCAUAUCCUCAACCUCGUGUUUAAUGCACGUAGCUUCAUAUGUCUUAGUUGAGCUCUGUAUACUCACACUCAAAUAUAGGUUCCUCGUUCUAUUGAAUGUGAUCAGAGCCACCUCGUUAUCUCUCGUUGCCUAGAAAAACGUGUCCGCAUUCCUAGUCGAAUCGUUGGCUUGUGCCACGGCAUCGUGUCCCUAACUCUCGUGCGCCUGUCUUUGGUGUUACGCCGUACCCAAGACAUUAUGAGAGGCGCAUUGUCCAUCCGCAUUCCACCGAA